AUGACCGACGAUUUCGAUUCAGGGGAUCUGUUCCAGGACCCGGAAGGGUACUAUCCUGAGGAUGAGCCCCCGACAUUUGCCGAGCAUACCAUGCUAUCGGGACAGAAAGUGCGCGUCCGUCUUGUGGGCAGCCACCCCCUCUAUGGAAACCUGCUAUGGAACGCCGGCCGAACUAGCUCUCAUUACAUUGAGGAGCAUGCCGAGGCUCUCAUCCGAAACAAGGAUGUCCUCGAGAUUGGUGCCGCGGCAGGCGUGCCCAGCAUCGUGAGCGCCAUUCUAGGUGCCCGGACAGUGGUAAUGACCGAUUAUUCGGAUCCUGAUCUAGUUCAAAACAUGAAGUACAAUGCAGAGUUGUCGGCCAGUGCCAUUCCCGCGAGGGAAGACGGAAAGCCCCGCCUUCACGUCGAUGGCUACAAAUGGGGCAGCGAUGUGAGCCCGCUGCGGGCGUAUCUGCCUCCUGCUAUCGAUGGUUCUCCAUCCCUGUUUGACGUCCUGAUCAUGGCGGACGUGGUAUACAGCCAUCGUGAGCACCCGAAUUUGAUCAAGACCAUGCAGCAGUCCAUGAAGAAGGACCCGAAGUCUGUUGCUCUGGUGAUUUUCACCCCCUACCAGCCCUGGCUGUUACCCAAGACCGAGCAAUUUUUCCCGUUGGCCGAGGCGAGCGGUUUCGCUGUCACCAAGAUCUUUGAGAAGGUGAUGGACACAGUACUAUUUGAGAAAGAUCCUGGCGAUGAAAGGCUCCGAAAAACCGUGUUCGGAUAUGAACUCCGAUGGGCGAAGGAUCAAUUGGAGAAUUCAUCCAAGGCUGUUUGA